UGGACAGAAUAGAGUAUUCUAGUAAAACGAUGGGUGACUUUCUUAUAUCAGAUACCAUGGAUGAUGGUAAGACAGGCCGUGAUGGUGAAAUUCUUGAUUCAGGAACUGAAUACAAAUGGGGGGAGGAACUACUCAACUACAUGAAAUCCAAAACAUUUCAUACAGCUAUCAUUGGGUUCUCAUUACUUUCAGUUGCUGCAGCCUCUCUGGCUUUGUUGUAUCACUCUAGGCAAAAGAAGGCCAUCAACAAGGAUUCUUUAGUGAUAGCAAACACUGGUUCUAUGAAGAAUCUGAUAAUAGAGCAGAAGAAAAUGAUCGAGAAGGAGUCCACAACAUCAGAGAAAUACAACUCAGCAUUUGCCAACAGGGAAGAGGACGAUAGCAUUGAGCAAGGUGUUUACUCUUCUUUCAGAAGAAUGUCUCUGUCUUCCAAUUCGAAUCUUUCGUCCAGCAAAGGUUCUGAAGGGUGCCAUAACAAGGCACCAAGAGUUGAAUUGCUGGGUGAGUUUGUGAUUGGAGAUAUCAGUAGCCCUCUUAGAAGCUGUGGAUUGAAAAACCAGAUGAAAGAAGGUGAACAAAGCAACUAUGAGUUAAGGACCCAGGCUCAUUCAGUUUCAAUUCAACAGCAGCCGUCUGUGUCAGAAUUUUCUUUCAUAGGUUCCUUUUCACAUAAAAGCUAUACUUCUGAGAAAAAAAUAAAGCCAACCGAGUCAGAGAUUUCUUCCAUGGAUACUUCACAUGGAAGCUAUACUUCUGAGAAGAUUGUAAAGAUCAAGGAGGGUGGCAAAAAUGGAGAAGUCAAAGUCAUUGCAACCCCAGUGAGACGCUCAAGUAGAAUUCACAGCAAAACAGUAAUGUCCCCAUGAGUCCUGAGGCCAUGCAUCUAGAAUUAUAACUUGCCCCUAAACAAAUGGCUGCUAAUUUGUUCUUUAGUUCAGGAUUCUUCCUCUGAAGAGUGUCUGGAGAAUUGGCGGUCUCUGAUGUGUACCAAAUGGUUGUGUAGAGAAACUGAUAUGUUUCAG